AAAUAAUAUUACAUAAAGUUAGACAUGGCUCACCUGGCUAAAAAGCAUGCCAAUCGCCAUGAUUUGCCAGAAUUGCUAAAGGAUGUGCCCGAGGAGCAUCAGGAGCCUGUGAAGCAAAUGUGCCUCAAAAUGAUGUCCCAUGAUGCGUAUGGCAAACCUUACGAGUGGUCAACACGAGACUUUGAGUGUGGUGCACCGCUUGGACGAGGUAAAUUUGGACGCGUUUAUUUAGCGCGAGAGCGCCACUCGCACUACAUGGUGGCCAUGAAGGUGCUCUUCAAGAACGAGCUGCGCCAGGGUAAUGUGCAGCGGCAAGUGCUGCGCGAGAUUGAGAUACAAUCACGCCUAAAGCAUCCAAACAUUUUACGUCUGCUGACCUGGUUCCAUGAUGAAUCUCGCAUAUAUCUGGCGCUGGAGAUUGCCUCCGAGGGUGAGCUAUACAAGCAUCUGCGCAAUGCACCCAAUCAUCGCUUUGACGAGCCGCGUGCAGCGAAGUAUACUUAUCAAGUAGCGAAUGCCCUCAACUAUUGUCAUUUGAACAAUGUUAUUCAUCGCGAUCUGAAGCCUGAGAAUAUACUUCUAACCAGUACGGAUGAUCUCAAGCUUGCUGACUUUGGCUGGUCGGCUCAUACGCCCAACAAUAAGCGCAAGACUAUGUGCGGCACUCUGGAUUAUUUGCCGCCAGAGAUGGUCGAAGGCACAGCCUAUGAUGACAGCGUGGACCAAUGGUGUCUGGGUAUACUUUGCUAUGAGUUCCUCGUGGGUAAUCCACCAUUUGAGUCGGAUUCAACAGAAAAGACUUAUGCCAAGAUCAAGCGUCUUGAAGUACACUAUCCAUCGCACCUUUCGCCAGGCAGCAAGGAUCUCAUUGGAGGCCUACUGCGUCAGUCUGGACGCAUCACCUUGGUGGAUGUUAUGACAAAUGGUUGGAUCAAAGAUGGCAUGACCAAGCGUGCCGCGCAGCUAGAACGAGGCAAGGAGAAUCAAGCUAAGAAUUGAGACUUAUAUUUAUGAAAUUUGAUUUUGUUUUAUACUAUUAAAGCUUUCACAUUAUAA